GGGAGAGGAGGGCUGUGUGCAACAGCACCCGUGUUUUCCUGACAUCUGCAGGUUGUCAUGCCUACCAAAAGCUUAUUACAGGGAUGGCGACGGACGCGAACAAGCAAAAGUGGCGGCUGGGCCCCCACAUCCACAGUUCCACAGUACCACACCCACCCGUGCCGCCGUAUAGCUCGUUAGUUGCCUCGUUAGUUGCCUCGUCAGUUUCCUUACCAGUAUUUCCACCCGUGCAGGAGCUGGAUCUGGAGGCGGUGUUCCUGCUGAGCGACGCCACGCUGGAGCUGCUGGGCGCCCGCUGCCGCCGCCUGCGCCGCCUGUGCGUGCGCAUGUGCUCACGACUGAGUGCGAGCGCGCUGCAGCAGCUGGUGGCGGACACGGAUGUGCGGGACCUGAUGGUGAGCGGCAUCCUGGACGACGCGGGCACAUGCGACCUAGUGGCGCGAGUGCGCAGCGUGCGAGCUGAGUGCCGCAUGCACUGGUAGCAGCAUGCAGGAAGCAGCAUGGGAGCAGCAUGUACUGCAUAGUUGCAUAUUGCAGAAAGAAGGGAAAAGUGAAAUUGAGUACCGGUACCGCGUUGGGUGCUUGGAGGGGCGGUGCUGGUGGGUGGUAACUGCACACGCGGGAGGCUAGCGAUGUAGAGUUUUUACUUGUGUGAAUUUGUAUAUUAUAUGCAUGCCUUGCCAGCAGUUGCUGCAUGAACUGGUAAGGGCAUGGGCGCGUUGUCCAAGAGGGUCAAGCAACUCCAGAAGGAGAGGAACAAGCAUGGAUGUAACCCAUGUAAGCCAGGUGCCCGAUGUAUAUGCGGCUAAAGGUGUUGCGUGGUUGCUGCUGACGGUAGUCCUUGCGCAAUAACCGUAUAGCAUGUUAACGGCGAUGUGUGGGUCUCGGGUUGUUGGUGUUGGGCGUGCAUGGCUUGACGUAAAGCGCCGCGUGCUUAGUGUGAGCUGCACGUACGGCCCAGAAGCGUGCUUGGCCCACGGGUCCUGGUGUAUAACUACAGAAUGCAGAAUGGAACAUGUUAAGAGCAGCGCCUCGAAGCUUAG